UUUGCAGACCAGACUGAGGAGGACUCGCACUGUGGGCUUUCCAGCCUUUUUUCAACAACUAUUAUUGCAUUCCUCAAUUCCACUGGGGAAGACUGCAGCAUUGCUCUGCACCAGUGACAAGGCACAUGAUACCCCAACAGAACCAGUACUCUGGGAUCGGGAUGGGACUUGGCUCCCACUCGUUCUGCACCAAUGGACUGCCUGCGUUCAAGUUUCGAUCGAGAAAUGAAGUGAUGGACUGGAGGCGGCUUAGUGCCAUCGACGUAGACCGAGUGGCCAGGGAGCUGGACGUCACCGCACUGCAGGAGAACAUCAUGAGCGUCACCUUCUGUAAUCUGGACUUGGAAAAAUGCUCUUAUUGCCAGAAUCCCGUGGACCCAGUUCUGCUGAAGGUAUUUAAAUUGGCCCAGAUGACCACAGAGUACCUCCUUCACUCCCAGGAGUACUUGACAGGUAACAUCCAGAUCCUCGAGGAGAGGCAUCAGAUGGCUCUGGAGCAACUUGAGCAGACAAAAGGGGAAAUGGACAAGCAGGCAGAGGAACUGAAGAGUGUAAAGGAGGAGGGAAAAAGACGCAAGAAGAUGAUCUCAACCCUUCAACUGUUGGUACAAGCGGGAGCCAAUAACUAUCACAAGUGCCAAUUUUGUGAUAAAGCCUUUAUGAACUAUUCCUACCUGCAAGCACAUCUGGUGCGCCGUCAUCCUGAGAUCACUGAGACCGAGAGAAAGAAGAAACAGCAGACUGAGCGGAUUGAGAAUGAGAUUGAAGAGCUCAGGGAGAGGCUGAGGUUGACCCAUUCACAACUGGAGGCAGAACGUGAGGCUGUUGCAUUCCGAAAAACCCAGGAACUGGAGGAAUUCCACAGGAGAGAUGAAGCAGCUAAAAAGGAGUUUGAGGAUUGGAAGGACGGAGAGAGGAAAAAGUUUUACCAUGAAUUGGAUUGUCUGAGACAACAGCUUCUUCACGAAUUUCAGGACAUUGCAUUAAAGAACUCUAACAUCGAAGCAACACUGCAGGAGAUUCAGUCUAGGGGUCUGGCUGUCUCUAACAUGGGGACACUGCAUGAUGAGAGAGACAAAGAAGAGCUGAGAGACUUGCAGGAGAGAAUUGACAGACAGAAAAAUGACUGGAAAAAGAAGAUGAGAGAACUUCAGAAUAUGCAUCAGACUGAAAAAGAAGAGAUGCAGAUUGAAAAUGAGAGGCUAAGAUCUACUCUGACCUCAGACCAGAGAUCAGCAUCCGAUUCCUUCCAGACACAUAUAAGGUCACUCACUACAAAGCUCAAACAACAAGACAUGUUAAUUAAGACCCACGAAGAAAUGAUCAGGAAGCUUUCCACCAGACCCGUUCAAGUUGCUGUCGUUCAAGCUGUGGAGUCUGAGGAGGAAGAUGAAGAUGUGGAGAGCAGUUUGGAGGGAAAUCAGCAUCUUAAGGCCCUGAGACAGGAUCCAAACUUCAUCAAACAGUUCCGCCCCAUCCUGGAAGAGACCCUGGAGGAGAAGCUGGAGGACAUGGGUGUGAAAAAGGGUUCGAAGGGAAUCUCUACUACGACGUUGAAGAGCCUGAGUCUGACAGUAUCGAGGCAGCGCGAGAUGAAAGCUAAACAGUUCGCGGAGUUCAAUGAGCUAAGGGCAAGGUUCAUGAAGGGAGUCACUCAAAAGGUGAAACAAAGACAGAAGAGUGAGGGUCACCCCUCCCCUCCUCCUCUCACACCUAAAGCAGGAAGGAUCCCAUCCAAUGCGCCACAGAAGGCGGCCUCCAAGCUCAAGCAGCCUCAGACUGUGCACUCAAGGUCAUCCGCACCCCAAGUAACUGUCUCGUCUCGUCCUCACGUGAUCCACUCCAAGCCGUACCAAAUGGAAGCUCCCAAACCUGCCCCUCGUCUUCGAACCACCAGCCCGUCGCGCUCCGCUGCACCGAACACCAGGUACGGGACUCAGCAUGCACGCACGCCUCCAUUCACUUCUGAAGAUGAAUCGAUUGUGGACAGUGCCUACGUUACCAGCGCGGGGUACAGAGACGCAACAAAGAUCCAUGUUGUCCAGUCCAAACCGAAGCCGAGCCGAGCAGUUCUUAGCUCCGACGACGACUGGUCAGACACUGACAUUUCCACGGGUCCUUUGAGCCCAUCCACUGGGAUUUCAGCCGCUCGUGCACCUCGAGGUAGUGUGGUGCAAACCAUGAUCAGGAGUCUGGAGAAGCAGCCUAGCUCACCAGUGAAGAAGCCUGUGGGGGGAGUGAAAAUCCUACCAACCUUCCCAGCCGCACCUGCUGGCUCUCCAAAGGCAAUCUCCAUCGUCAGGAAACUGCAGUUGUCAGAUGACGAAGAGAGUGACUUGGAUAUCUCAUCCAUUGAGGACGUGUCGGAAGAACUUGCUUUGAAAGAAAGGAAUUCCAAACCAAUGGCGUUGUCCAGACAAGGUGUGGAACCGACUGUGUCUCAGGGAACCAGUGUGUGGAGCUCCUCUGGCAGCCGAGGUGGGGGGAUUGGUCGGGAUGAAGGAGGCCGGUACCAGAAGCUCAUUGAAGAGCAGCAGUUUUGCUACAGUUACAGACGUUAGUGAUUCUGAAUUUAAUUUCCCAUGAACAUUAACCUAUCUUAAGAGAGUCAUCCCUAGUCUACUGCAAUGCUGAUGAUGUUGCCUGUUCAGAGCCAGUAAUAAGGGAAUAACGUGUGGGCAUUGGGGUAAAAGGCAGCAUUGCACACAAUGCUUCAUUGUUAAUCAUUACCAUUCACUUGAAAUCUUCAUGUUGUGCCCUUUUACAUUUAUGUAUAAAAUGACGUAACUUAUAUCUGACCAUUACACUUCAAUUUUAAUCUGGAUGAAGCUACCAAAAGCUAUCCACUUCACAAACAAACUUUCCAACCUUUUGUAUAUCUGAACGCAGGUGUCUAUAUAAUUCCUGAAAUGCAGUUUGGGAUUCUAAUAAUUGGUACGGAAUUUGGUAAAUUGAUAGAGGUGCUGUGGUUGGAACGCCUUGGCUUCAUAUCCAUAUCUAGCCUGGUUAGCUAAUCGUCAAGAGUAGUCAUACAGAUGUUACGCUACUCUAAGUGUUUUGGAGGGAGGAAAAAUCAUUCAGUUUCCUUUUCUGAUCACUAUCCAUUGAUGGCUGAAAAAGCACGAAUGGAUGUUGUAUGAGGACAGGAUUAGCCUCAACUUUGAUCUCUUUCUUCCUCCUUUCCAAAGUUGAAUAGUCCGGAUACACACUGUCUAUGUGGACAUUGACUUGGAUGAGCUCCAAGUGGAACUGUAUAUCAGGAUGAAUUGGUACCUUCAAGAGAGGAAGUGAAAUUGUUUUCUAAAAAGAAUGCUACAGUACUGGAAAGCUGCCCAUUAAUUAUAUCAGGCUGAGCUGAUAAGAGUGUGCAUCCUCUUUCUUCCUCCUGCCACUUUCUCCCGGUAUAGCCCAGGUAUUUUCUAAUUAUGAAUACAAAUUGAUGUUUGCACGGUAUGAUUCAUUCCUUUUUCUCCACGAGCACUGUAAAUUUUCUUUCAUCGAUUUCUUAAUGAAAGUUUGGUGGUACUCUACAUUUCAUUAUACGCCGCAGAGAAGAGACUCAUCCUUCUGCAGUUCAUCCUUAAAAAUAGAGAGCUACGUGCUCUGUCUUUAUAAUGAGAUUUAAAGAUGACAAUUAUUCCAUGUUGAACCUCUUGGUUUUGUUUUAAAAAUCAUUCUCAAGGGGAAAUUACUUGCAGUUUCUGAUUGAUACUGUUUCAAAGGACCUUAUUUUUAAUGUUUGUUAUCUUUCAAUGAUCCAGGAUGUUUGGAUGCGGUUUGCCUUUUUAACUUGUGUAUAUAUACAAUGUGAUAUUGUAUAUCUAAGUGUUUACAUUUGUGAUAUCUUACAAGUUUUUUUUACAUUUGCCUGUGAAAGUCGAAUUUUGACCUUCA